AUGCUGCAGCAGAUUCUGCACGACAUGUACAUCGACCCUGAACUCCUGGCCGAGCUCAGUGAUGUGCAGAAGCAUAUCCUCUUCUACAAAAUGCGAGAGGAGCAGCUGCGACGCUGGAGGGAGCACGAGGCUUGGGAGGCCCUGGCCGAGGCAGAGGGCCUCAGGCCCCCGAAAGUCAAGCGAGGUACGUGGCUGGGCGCAGCAAGUGACAAGCACAUCCAGUGGCUCCUGGGGGCAGAUGGCGAAGUCUGGGUCUGGAUCAUGGGAGAAGGCCCUGGCGACAAGCCCUAUGAAGAGAUCUCUGAGGAGCUGAUUGCGGAGAGGGCGCGGCUGCAGGCGCAGAGGGAGGCCGCGGAGCUCUGGAGACAGAAGGAGGCAGAAAUCACCAAGAAGUUUCGAGAUGCUCUGGCCAAUGAGAAAGCCCGGAUCCUGGCGGAGAAGUGGAAGGUGGAGAUGGAGGACCGGAAGGCUGCCAAAAUCCUGGAGGAGCGCAUCCACGAGGAGUUCAAGAGGAAAGAGGAAGAGGAGAGGAAGCGGGGAGAGGAGCAGAUUCGCCUCCAGGAAGAGCAGAGGGCGAAGGAACUCUACUGGACCCUGAAGCAGGCCCAGCUGCAGAGCGCCGCCUGUGAGAAGGAGGAGCGGGAGUGGGAGGAGCAGCUGCGCCGGUCCAAAGUCGCUGACGAAGAGAGGAGCCGCCGAGCCCAGCGCGCCAGGGAUGAGUACCGGCGCCACUCACUCCGAGCCAUCCAGAAGGGCACUGUUGCUGGCCUCAGUUCCAUGUUCCGAGAGCUUGGCCAGAGCCAUGAGCAGGAGGCCAGACUUUACCACCCGCUUCCCAGCCCAGGGCCACCACCACCCCUCGCUGUACCUGUCAGGACUUGGGCGCGCCCACUGAGGCCUGUCUCCAGGGAAGUCAUAGUCCGCUGGUUUAAGGAGGAGCAGCUGCCCCGCCGGGCUGGCUUUGAGAGGAACACCAGAUCCAUCGCCCCCUGGUUCCACGGAGGAAAUUAUCACGGUUUCGGGGGGAGAACUACUUCAGGAACCCUGUGGACAGAGGGACAGCCCGCCAGACUACCAUCUGUUAUUUGAAUGAUUUUUUUCUCCCUUAUCAAUCGGACUUCUUUGGGCAUCCAGUUUUUGAGCUUGACUUAAGAAUUUCCCAGCUCAAAUCCUUCCUUAUGGCCUUCUGGAAGAUCCACCACUAUCCAGUGGAUUAAAUAGAUUAGUAUGCCUCAAGGGAUACGAAAUAUAUGGCAUAUGAGCUAUUGGUCCCUGUCCCGAUGCCCAGGACAGAAAUUGCAAAUAGCUGAUGCAACUCUUUCUGAAGAGUUUAGUUAUGACUUCAGAAGAUGAAGUCUACCAUGGCUGCCCUAAAUUGAGCUCCUAGAGCACGUGGACC